AUGACUUCCAUAUCAGCUGACUUUAGUGGAAGCACAAACUCGGGGACUCAGGUGGGAGUUAAUUAUGGAUCGAUCCAUCUGUCCCAAGGCCUAGAGCGAGAACGACCAGAAAUCCCACCUCCACCUGGAUCAACUGUUCCCUUCGUUCGUGACCCAGACUUUGUCGAUCGUGGAACACUGCUCGGCCAAGUAUGCGAGAAAGGAACGACACCAGGAGCUCGGAUAGCGCUUGUUGGGCUUGGUGGUGUGGGAAAAUCUCAACUUGCGAUCGAAUGCUGUUACCGAAUCCGAGAAGAAUCGCCUACGACGUGGGCGUUCUGGAUUCACGCAGGUAAUGCCGCUCGUUUUGAACAGAGUUGCCGAGAUAUCGCCGACCGAGUCAAGAUCCCGGGACGGAGGGAUCCCACCGCGAAUAUUUUCAAACUCUUUCACGACUGGCUUGUCGAUGAGAGAAAUGGAAAAUGGGUUCUGAUCCUUGACAAUGUGGAUGAUAGUCGCUUCCUCCACGAAGUUCCGCCGCUCCCCCAAGGCGGGCAAAGUAGUCACAGCGGUGCACCACCACUCUUCACAUACCUCCCGAUUAGCCUCAACGGGUCAAUGAUCAUAACAUCCCGAAGCAAAGGCGCAGCACUUAGCAUGGUGGAAGACAGCAAUAUAAUUACGAUAGAGCCGAUGGAUCCGUCACACGCAACGAUGCUGUUUGAAAAGAAGCUAGGAGCCCAAACCGAGAAAGAAAACAUCAUUCAGCUCGCUACUGCGCUUGAUUAUAUGCCACUUGCGAUCGUGCAAGCUGCAAACUACAUCAAGCAGAGAGCGCCACGGGUUUCGGUGCCACAGUAUCUCGCAGAUUUUCAGAAGAAUGACCAUAGGAGAACAAGGCUCCUAGCGCAUGAUGCGGGACGGCUGCGUCGGGAUAGGGAAGCGAAUAACUCCAUCCUUAUUACGUGGCAAAUAUCCUUCAACCACAUACAGCAAAUUCAACCAGCAGCAGCCGACCUUUUGUCACUUAUGAGUUUCUUCGACCGCCAAGGCAUUCCUGGCACUCUCCUUCAACAUCAGCCAGCGGAGGAAAGUGGUGAUAAAUAUUCGAAAGACGAGAAUGAAAUAUACGACUAUGAUGAGACGACUGAAUCGGACUCUAGCGUGGACGAUGACUUUGAAGAGAAUAUCCUGGUAUUGAGAAAUUACUCAAUGAUUUCGAUCGGCGUGGAUGAAGCCACUUUCGAAAUGCAUCGGCUCGUGCAACUUGCUACGCACAAGUGGCUUGAGCACCAUGGACAACUCGAACGUUGGAAGCAACAAUUCAUCGAGAUACUUUAUCAUGCGUUUCCGAUCGGAAGUUUUGAGAACUGGCCUGUAUGUCAGCCGCUCUUUUCACAUGUACAAUCUGCUGUCACGCAACGGCCAGAUGAGGAAGGCAUGUUGCAAAAAUGGGCUAGCCUAGUGCAUAGAGCAGCAUUCUUUGCGUUCACAAAGGGAGAUGCCAUCGAGUGUGAGAAGAUGGCAGUCUUGGCUAUGAAAACAAGAACGAGAUUGUUUGGUCCAGAUAAUGAAAACACCCUUCAUAGUUCUGAAAUUGCCGGGCUAGCAUAUUCGCUUGGCGGGAGAUGGAAGGACGCAGAAAUUUUGCUGUUACAAUUGGUGAACGCCCGCAGCCAGGUACUCGGGUCAGAGCAUCCCGACACUCUAGGCAGCAUGAACAACCUAGCAUCGACCUACUACAAUCAGGGGCGGUGGAAGGAGGCUGAAGAGCUCUACGUGCACGUGCUAGAGACCUAUAAGCAGGUACUCGGGCCAGAGCAUCCUGACACUCUAGGCAGCAUAAACAACCUAGCAUCGACCUACUCCAACCAGGGACGGUGGAACGAGGCUGAAGCGCUCCAAGUGCAGGUGCUAGAGACCUAUAAGCAGGUUCUCGGGUCAGAGCAUCCCGACACUCUAGGCAGUAUAAACAACCUAGCAUGGACCUACUCCAGCCAGAGACGGUGGAACGAGGCUGAAGCGCUCCAAGUGCAGGUGCUAGAGACCUAUAAGCAGGUUGUCGGGUCAGACCAUCCCGUCACUCUAGCUAGCAUAAACAACCUAGCAUCGACCUACUCCCACCAGGGACGGUGGAAGGAAGCUGAAGCGCUCCAAGUGCAGGUGCUAGAGACCUAUAAGCAGGUACUCGGGCCAGAGCAUCCUAGCACUCUAACUAGCUUAAACAACCUAGCAUCGACCUACUCCAACCAGGGGCGGUGGAAGGAGGCUGAAGCGCUCCAAGUGCAGGUGCUCGAGACCCGUAAGCAGGUUCUCGGGUCAGAGCAUCCCGACACUCUAGGCAGCAUGAACAACCUAGCAUCGACCUACUACAAUCAGGGGCGGUGGAAGGAGGCUGAAGCGCUCCAAGUGCAGGUGCUCGAGACCCGUAAGCAGGUUCUCGGGUCAGAGCAUCCCGACACUCUAGGCAGCAUGAACAACCUAGCAUCGACCUACUACAAUCAGGGGCGGUGGAAGGAGGCUGAAGCGCUCCAAGUACAGGUGCUCGAGACCUAUAAGCAGGUACUCGGGCCAGAGCAUCCUAGCACUCUAACUAGCUUAAACAACCUAGCAUCGACCUACUCCAACCAGGGGCGGUGGAAGGAGGCUGAAGCGCUCCAAGUGCAGGUGCUCGAGACCCGUAAGCAGGUUCUCGGGUCAGAGCAUCCCGACACUCUAGGCAGCAUGAACAACCUAGCAUCGACCUACUACAAUCAGGGGCGGUGGAAGGAGGCUGAAGAGCUCUACGUGCACGUGCUAGAGACCUAUAAGCAGGUACUCGGGCCAGAGCAUCCUGACACUCUAGGCAGCUUAAACAACCUAGCAUCGACCUACUCCAACCAGGGGCGGUGGAAGGAGGCUGAAGCGCUCCAAGUGCAGGUGCUCGAGACCCGUAAGCAGGUUCUCGGGCUAGAGCAUCCUAACACUCUAGGCAGCAUAAACAACCUAGCAUGGACCUACUACAACCAGGGGCGGUGGAAGGAAGCUGAAGCGCUCCAAGUGCAGGUGCUAGAGACCUAUAAGCAGGUACUCGGGCCAGAGCAUCCUAGCACUCUAACUAGCAUAAACAACCUAGCAUCGACCUACUCCCACCAGGGGCGGUGGAAGGAGGCUGAAGCGCUCCAAGUACAGGUGCUCGAGACCCGUAAGCAGGUUCUCGGGCUAGAGCAUCCUAACACUCUAGGCAGCAUAAACAACCUAGCAUGGACCUACUACAACCAGGGGCGGUGGAAGGAAGCUGAAGCGCUCCAAGUGCAGGUGCUAGAGACCUAUAAGCCGGUACUCGGGCCAGAGCAUCCUAGCACUCUAACUAGCAUAAACAACCUAGCAUCGACCUACUCCCACCAGGGGCGGUGGAAGGAGGCUGAAGCGCUCCAAGUACAGGUGCUCGAGACCCGUAAGCAGGUUCUCGGGCUAGAGCAUCCUAACACUCUAGGCAGCAUAAACAACCUAGCAUGGACCUACUACAACCAGGGGCGGUGGAAGGAAGCUGAAGCGCUCCAAGUGCAGGUGCUAGAGACCUAUAAGCCGAGCAUCCUAGCAUCGACCUACUCCAACCAGGGACGGUGGAAGGAGGCUGAAGAGCUCUACGUGCACGUGCUAGAGACCCGCAAGCAGGUUCUCGGGUCAGAGCAUCCCGACACUCUGAUAAGCAUGAACAACUUUGCUUAUAUUUUGAGGUCAUUAGGUCAACUUGAUACUGCUGUACAAGUUAUGACACAAUGUGCCCAGCUCCGCAACAGAUCAUUAGGCCCUGGCCACCCGGAUACAAUAUCCUCAACCUCUGCUCUAAAUGACUGGGGUCGCAUUGGUAGCUCCGUGUCUACCAAAUCCAGCGGUAACCUUUGCAGCGGUGCAUCUACUGAAAAUCAAUUGGCGAAACAGACUCAGGCCACUUCCACAGAGCCCUCUGGGCUCUCGGAUUAG